AUGCAGGACAUAUUGUCCCUGACGUUAAAGGAUGAAGUGAGGACGGUUGAAGAUACUGUGGCCCCUAGAAACUCUUCUUCACAAGGGGAUGGCAGGGACACAGAGAGGCAUCCUUACCCGUUGGUGGUCACUCUACUGGCAACAGUCCUGAUCGUAACUAUUGUGGUAGACAUUCUGGGGAACCUGCUGGUCAUCUUGUCUGUCUUCAGGAACAGGAAACUCAGGAAAGCAGGAAAUGCCUUUGUGGUGAGUUUGGCUCUGGCCGACCUGGUGGUGGCGAUCUACCCUUACCCUCUGGUUCUGACAGCCAUCUUUCACAACGACUGGAUCGCCGGGUACACCCACUGCCAGAUCAGCGGCUUCCUGAUGGGCCUGAGCGUCAUCGGCUCCAUCUUCAACAUCACCGGCAUCGCCAUCAACCGCUACUGUUACAUCUGUCACAAUCUGAAGUACGACAAGCUCUUCUCCAACCAGAACACCAUGUGUUACGUCAUCCUGGUGUGGGCGCUGACUGUGCUGGCCAUCGUGCCCAACUGGUUUGUGGAGUCUCUGCAGUACGACCCGAGGGUCUACUCGUGUACCUUCGCCCAGUCGGUUAGUUCCUUGUACACCAUCACCGUGGUCGUGGUUCACUUCAUCCUCCCCAUCAGUAUCGUCACGUACUGCUACCUGAGGAUCUGGAUCCUGGUCUUACAGGUGAGGAGACGGGUGAAACCGGACACGAGGCCCAAGAUCAAACCACACGACUUCCGUAUCUUCCUGACUAUGUUUGUGGUGUUUGUGUUGUUCGCUGUCUGCUGGGCUCCGCUGAACUUCAUCGGGCUGGCGGUGGCUAUCAACCCCAGACUGGGUGUGAAUAUCCCUGAGUGGCUCUUCACAGCCAGCUACUUCAUGGCCUAUUUCAACAGCUGCCUCAACGCAGUCAUCUACGGAGUGCUCAACCAAAACUUCAGGAAGGAGUACAAAAGGAUAGUUCUAAUCAUUUUCAAGUUCCACUGCAGAGGGUUCGCUAGGGCUUCGGAACAGCACUGCUGA